GUUUCCAAAGCUGAAAUCUACAACCUCCGCCCAGAAGACAUUUACCUGGUGCAUGACGACCUGGACAAGGCCCUGGGCAAGGUGGCGAUCAAGCUGGGAGGCAGUGCAAGGGGACACAACGGGGUCCGAUCCUGCAUCAGUGCUCUACACUCCAACGAGAUGACCCGGAUCAGGGUCGGCAUUGGGCGGCCAGAGGGUGAAGUUACAGUGUCCAGCUAUGUCCUGGCUCCAUUCAGCGCCGGGGAGCAGGAGAGGCUGGAGCAGGUCCUGGCUCAGGCGGUGCCCUGCCUGCUGGAGCACAUCCUGGGGAGGAGAGCACCCGCAGGGGAGCCAGGGGACAGGGGCUGACACAAACCCCCCGGGGACCUACGUGGCCGAUGGAUGGAGCGCUGUG